CGGCAAUCAUUUUAUUGCAUGAGAUAAACAUCUCGUCUACGGAACAUUUUAGUCCUUGGCGUGUCUUUUAGAGCCACUAACUUGUGUACCAGCUUUCUGGCGCUGGUUACCUGCUUUCUUCUUUAGAUCCAUGUCUUCCACCAAGAACUUUAAACCGGGAUUUAUUUCAUUACAACUCAAUCAAGUGGAAUGGUGUGUUCCAUCUAGGUACAAAGAACUUUCGAUGAUCGGUUAUGGAGCAUAUGGGACUGUUUGCUCUGCACACGAUACCCGAUUAAAUCGUCGAGUGGCUAUUAAAAGAUUGAGUAGACCUUUCGAAAAUAUUGAAUAUACAAAAAGAACCUACAGGGAGAUCAAUAUUUUAUCUCAAAUGGAUCAUGAAAACAUUGUUUGUUUGAUUGAUGCCUUUUCACCGCAAACUUCCUAUAAAGAAUUUACAGAUAUUUAUCUUGUAACACCAUUGAUGGGUGCUGAUCUUGGCGCUAUUAUUGAAACCCAAUCGUUGUCUGAUGAACAAAUACGAUUUCUUGUAUAUCAAGUUUUAAGAGGUCUAAAAUAUAUGCAUAGUAUUGGCCUUAUUCACCGUGACUUAAAGCCAGCCAAUAUUGCAGUGAAUGAAGACUGUGAAUUAAAAAUUCUUGACUUUGGUCUAGCACGUCAAAAACAGGAGGAAAUGACUGGAUAUGUUGCUACUCGUUGGUAUCGAGCACCUGAAGUCAUGUUAAAUUGGAUGCAUUAUAACGAAUCUGUCGAUGUUUGGUCAGUUGCGUGUAUCAUGGCUGAACUCCGAAAUCGUGUACCUUUAUUCAAAGGUGGUAAUCAUAUUCAUCAAAUCCAAUUAAUUCUUAAUUUAUUGGGGAAGCCAGACGAAGAGUUUAUGCUAAAAAUCAAUAGCCCUGAAAACACCAAAAAUCCAAUGUUAGAUGCAUGUGGAUUUAUUCGAGACAUUAGUAAAUGUGAACCACAAAAUUUGUACACUUAUUUCUCUUCUUUUUCAAGUGACGCGGUUGACCUGCUACAAAAAAUGCUUCAUCUUGAUCCAGAUCGGCGAUUAACAGCUGCUCAAGCACUGGCUCAUCGUUAUUUCGCUACAUAUCAUGAUGAAUCUGAUGAACCGGUUGCAGAGAAGUUUGAUGAUCCAUUUCAAGACGAUAGUAAUGUGUCAUUGGAUCAACUCAAAGAAGCUGUAUGGAAUACGUUGGAGAAUUUUGUACCCAAUCUGAAUUCUCUACACUUAUGCACUUCCGAUGAAACGAGUACGGCUUGAUUACCUUUUUUAUACUUAGAUGAGAACAUUUUCCAUCGGUAUAUUAUGUAUGUUUAUGCACGUGUACAUUUUUACUAACCAAUGAUUGCCAAAUGUCAACUGUCAUCUCACAUGGCUAACCCCAACCAGCCUUUGCUUGUUUUAUUUGUAAUAAGAAAUGAAAAUGUUCUCUGUUUCACUGCCAUUUCCUAAUUUUUUACUAAGACUGCUCUGUACUCAAUUUACAUUGUAAAGACAUUUUUUACAAACACUAUAUAUAUAUAUAUAUAUAUAUAUAUAUAUAUAUAUAUAUACUAAGCGCCCAUAGUAUUUUUUCUCCUCUUACCUUUCUGUAAUUACCCUUAUUGCUAAGGGAGAUUUCACACUCUGUAAUCGUAACAGUAAAGUAAAACCAUGUAAAAUUAAGAAACAAAAUGAUCAAUAAUUCAAUCGUGCGAUCAGUAUGCAAUCCUAUGGUUUUUUCCCUUCUAAGUUGGUGAUUAUUUAGUAAGUGAAUACAGGAAAACAAACAAAAGAGAAAAUACUUUCCAAUGUUUUUUUUGUAUUUCCAUCGUUCAGAACGUUUUGUAUAACUUCAAGUGAAAAUGAGAAUUUUUUCUUUCUGCCAUUUCUCAAUCUUUGAUAUUAAUGAUAGACAUUUCGUACUUGAGUUUCAGAUGUUCAAAUAAUAUUAGCGUUUAAUAAACUUGGUAUUCUGCACAUAGGGAAAUAUUUAGCUAUCAGACUGUUGGUUAUAAUUGAUUUCAAGUAAUCCGUUUGAUAUUCAUGGAAUAAAGAAGGUAUAUUAAAGCGUUUAAAUGAUUGAAUUUUUUAGUUCGCUACAUACUAUAAUGUAGAGCAUCUGCUUUUUAUCAGCCUAUUGAUGAAUAUUUUUAUACUUAUAGAAUGAUUGAACCUGUUUCUGACUUAAAUUUUAACAAGGUUGUUUCCUCGAUAUUAUUCUGUGAUCUAUUUUCGGUCUUUUCGGGUGUAGGUCAUAAUCAGUUAGCUUUUGAAAAGGUUUCCUGUUCAAAACCACCAAACACAUACGAAUUCGGAAGACAGUAAAAAAAGCUAUUGAAUUAUAAAUAAACAAAAAUUCUUUAUACUGAA